GGCGCAGCGCGAGCCCCGAGUCUGGAGCCGGCGGCGGCCCGGGGGCGAGCGCGGGGCGAGCGGCGCGGCGCGGCGGGGAGCCCCGGAGCCUGCGGAGCCGUUUCGAGCGCGGCGAGCGGACGCCGACCCUCGGAGGGCCCGCGCGGGCGGCCACGCAGAUCAACCAGAGGCCAAAGGAGUAGAUCUGUUUGGAUUCUCGGUACUGCUCUCUGCAAGACCCCCCCCCCCCAGGCCCACCUUAUCGCCACCUCACCCCAGACACUGCUUGGGGGUCUGCUGAAGCCAGCAGUGUGAAGAUGACCAGCGCCCUCUAGCAUGACGACCUUGGACCAUACGAUUGCUGCCCACCAGGCAGAGUGGGUCUCCUUCAAUGAGGAGCCUCUCUUCUCUGCUCCUUCAGAGGGGGCCACGGACGAGUAUCUGCCGGGGCUGUCCUCUUCCUCAGAGCCGUCGGAGAGCUCCUCCGGGGAGCACCCCGCGGGGGAUGGAGGCUCUCAGGACCUUUCCCAUUCAGAGCAGGACGACGCUUCCGAGAAGAUGGGCCUCAUCUCGGAGGCAGCCUCCCCUCCUGGGAGCCCCGAGCAGCUCCCACCGGACCUGGCCUCGGCCAUCAGUAGCUGGGUUCAGUUUGAAGACGACACAGCCUGGGCCAGACCGCCACCUCUUCAGAAAGAAACAGCCCCACCAUUGACCAUGCCCUGCUGGACCUGUCCUUCCUUUGACUCCCUGGGGAGAUGCCCGCUGACCUCAGAGAGCAGCUGGACCACACAUUCGGAAGGCACCAGUAGUCCCAGCUUGGGCCCCUCGUACACAGACCUGCAACUCAUCAAUGCAGAGGAGCAGCUGAGCGGCCGCGUUUCUGGCGCUGACUCCACAGACAAUUCCUCCUCGCUGCAGGAAGAUGAAGAGGUAGAGAUGGAGGCCGUCAGCUGGCAGGCCAGCCGGCCAGCCAUCAAUGGCCACCCCGCCACCCCAGUGACCUCUGCUCGCUUCCCCAGUUGGGUCACUUUUGAUGACAAUGAAGUCAGCUGUCCUGUGCCACCAGUCACCUCUCCUUUGAAGCCAAAUUCGCCACCUCUUGCAUCUGUGACCCCAGACGUACCUGCUAACUCCACUGGGUCCUUUAAGAAGAGGGAACGUCCCAAGAGCACGUUGAUAAACUUUUCCAAAGUUCAGAAGCUGGACAUUUCUUCCUUGAACCGCCCGCCUUCCAUAAGUGAGGCUCCCGCUUGGAGUGCCACCAACCCUUUCCUGAAUGAGACGCUGCAGGAUGUCCAGCCGUCCCCCAUCAACCCUUUCAGCGCUUUCUUUGAGGAGCAAGAGAGACGCUCCCAAAACAAUUCCAUUUCCAGUAGCACCGGUAAAAGCCAAAGAGACUCCCUCGUCGUCGUCUACCAGGAUGCCAUCAGCUUCGACGAUUCGAGCAAAACCCAGUCGCACUCUGAUGCUGUGGAAAAACUCAAGCAGCUCCAGAUCGAUGAUCCCGACCACUUGGGCAGCACAGCACUCCCCGAUGAUGACCCCGUGGCUUGGAUCGAACUCGACACCCCCCCGCCUGGCUCAGCCUCGGGGCAGCCCCAGGAUGGGUGGUCCAUGAUGCUGAGGAUCCCUGAGAAGAAAAACAUCAUGUCCUCCCGGCACUGGGGACCCAUCUAUGUCAAACUGACCGACAGUGGCUUCCUACAGUUGUAUUAUGAGCAGGGCCUGGAAAAACCAUUCCGGGAGUUCAAGCUGGAGAUCUGCCAUGAGAUUUCUGAGCCCCGGCUCCAGAACUACGACGAGAAUGGCCGGAUCCACAGUUUGCGGAUAGACCGUGUCACCUACAAGGAGAAGAAGAAAUACCAGCCGAAGCCCUCAGUGGCCCACACAGCUGAGAGGGAGCAAGUGAUUAAGCUCGGCACCACCAACUACGAGGACUUCCUGAGCUUCAUCCGGGCCGUUCAGAACCGCCUCAUGGACCUGCCGGUGCUGUCGAUGGACCUGACCACUGUGGGCUUGAACUACCUGGAAGAGGAGAUCACGGUGGACGUCCGAGAUGAAUUCUCCGGCGUCGUGAGCAAAGGGGAACACCGGAUUCUCCGGCACCACGUCCUGACCCGGAUCCACAUCCUGAGUUUCCUCUCGGGGCUUGCCGAGUGCCGCCUGGGUCUCAACGACAUCCUGGUCAAGGGCAACGAGAUCGUGUCCCGGCAGGACAUCAUGCCCACCACCACCAGCAAGUGGAUCAAGCUGCACGAGUGCCGCUUCCAUGGGUGCGCGGACGAGGACAUCUUCAGCACGUCCCGCGUCAUCCUCUUCAACCCCCUGGACGCCUGCCGGUUUGAGCUGAUGCGCUUUCGGACGGUGUUUGCCGAGAAGACGUUACCCUUCACGCUCAGGACGGCCGCCAGCAUCAACGGGGCUGAGGUGGAGGUCCAGAGCUGGCUCCGGAUGUCCCCCGGCUUCUCCUCGAACCGCGACCCACUCACUCAGGUGCCCUGCGAGAAUGUGAUGGUCCGGUACCCGGUGCCCAGCGAGUGGGUGAAGAACUUCCGCCGGGAAAGCGUCCUGGGGGAAAAGUCUCUGAAAGCCAAAGUGAACCGGGGGGCAAGUUUUGGCUCCGCGAGUGUGUCGGGCUCGGAGCCUGUCAUGAGGGUCACUCUGGGCACUGCCAAAUAUGAGCACGCCUUCAACGCCAUCGUGUGGAGGAUAAACCGCCUGCCAGACAAAAACUCCGCUUCUGGCCACCCACACUGCUUCUUCUGCCACCUUGAACUUGGCUCUGACCGGGAAGUGCCUUCCAGAUUUGCCAGUCACGUGGAUGUUGAGUUCACCAUGCCCACGACUUCUGCCUCCAAAGCCGCAGUGAGAUCCAUCUCUGUGGAAGACAAGACUGACGUCAGGAAGUGGGUCAAUUACUCGGCACACUACAGCUACAAGGUGGAAAUUGAGCAGAAGAAGAGCUUGAAGCCAGACUUGGAAGAAGAGGUGGGAAAUCCCCAGGAGUGUGGGGUCCAGUGACCGAGCUGUGCUGCAGGGAACGGAAAUCAAGAAUUCUAACAGGGUGACUUCCUGAACACGAUUCAAGGCAGGCCCCCAACCGAUGCUCGCGCCACCUUUUAACGGGAACUCCUGAGAUGGUUGCUUGAGAGAAGUUACGAUCACGCCUAACUCCCCUGGUUCGCCCAACUUCGGGAGCUUAUUGGAUAAUUAAGCCUCUUCUUCUGGCUCUGUUCCUCUUAGAGCACUUGGGUAUGCUUUCAUGGGACUGUUAGACUCAGGAAGAAGAACUUCCCUGUGUCAGUGUUGCCAUAUUUCCAUCCAGGUUCAUCUGCCACUUACAUCAGCCUCUGGAAAUCAUUGUCCUAAGUUUAUCAACUAAGACUCCAUCUCUCGGCCACUCCCCGUAGAAUAGAUUCAGAAAAGGUACAAAGCCAGUGUCCCCUUUGGGUUUGCUAAGCCUUUCGUUAGGGUCCCUAUUCUUUAUUAAAGUUAACACUAUGCAACAAAGGCUUCCAAGACUGUUCCUUAUGGUUCUAGCUUGUUACACAUAAAAGGCUUUUUCUUUCUCUAAAGUUUCAGUUCCAGGCCAAAUGAGGGGGGAAAAAAGGCAUGGUAGGAAAUUUUCAAGUUCUGUGAUUCAUGCCAUAUUCUGCAAAAGGGAAAGCAAAACUGAGCUUGGUUUUCUUUAUUCUCGGGAAAGGGAUGUUCAUUGUAAGAUUAUUUAUGCCCAGGAGAUAGCUGCAAACUUCGUGAAUACCAGAAUUUAUGCUGAAAUAUAUAGGCCAUUUCUGAUACCUGAAUCCAAUGAGUAUGUGUAUUUUACUACAGGCUUUGUCAAAAGGCUUUUCUGGGGUUCCUUUUGUUCCUCAAGGAC